CGUUGCGAUCACUCGAACACGAAAAGAUUUAAUUUACCGCGUUUUCCUCAUUGUUUGCGUUUCAGUUCCAUCUCGUUUGGUCCUUUUCCCAAUUAUUAAUCAUUUUCCGAGUGACUACUAUAACUGAACACUAAACUGUGCAAUGGUUCAAUAAUAAUUGUUUUUGGCGAACGUCUGGCGACGAAGAACGAAUAAACAUUACUCAUUUGCAGCGAUAAAAUUUCCGCGAAAGCAGAAACGAAAAACGAAAGGAAAAAAUGGGAAGUGUGCUGUCGACCCACGGUCGAGCAAAUCGGAACGGGCUGGUGGUGCAAGUGGAAGAUGACGAGACACAGCGGGAAAUACAUGACGCUGAUGUUGGUAUCAGCUCGGCUACCACUUCUACCGGGGACAAAAGUUGUGCAAUAGUAGGCGAUAAAUCAAAAACUGAUACGAUAAACAACAAAACUGUGGGAAGUAGCCCCCAUGAUGGUCCCUGUGACGGUGGGGAAAAGUGUAUUGAACUGGCAGAGUUUCGCGAAGAGCUAGGCAUAAAACGAGAACAGCGAAAAUCAAAAAUGGCGGAUAUCAAGCAUGAAAUGGAUCAGCUGAGGAAGAAUCUUGCGGAUGAAAAAGGUAAAAAUCGAGCUCUCAUACGGUAUAUCCAGAGUCAACAGCAGACAAAGGAAACGACGGAACUAGUUAGCAGAACAGCUGUAGACGAGUUUAUUUUGCCGGCUAACAGCGACGCAACAUUAGCGAAAAGCGUGGAGCUGUCUCACGACGACAGCGAAAGCGACGAGCAAAAACAGUUAGAACAAAGCGAUGCUGAUUCAAGAAUCCCCGCCCUCGCAAGCACGGCGGAUGAUUUACGCCUCGGGCUGAAGAAAGAUCUUGCUGAGUCACAGCUUCAGCUUCAGAUGGCCAACGGGGAGAUUCUAACGCUGCAGAACGUGGUCGAUCAGUUACGAUCGCAAAUUCAAACCCUCCGGACGCCGUCCGCAGAAGAGGAAGCCGCCCAAACUGAACGGAACAAAGAAUUCCGGAAGCUGAAAGCGGAACUGGCCGAGUCCCAGUUUGAGUUGCAAAUUUCAAACGCCGAAGUGCUCGCUCUUCAAAGCAAUAUCACUCAGUUGAAUAAUCAGGUCAAGGGACUGAAGGACGUGAUCAAGGCCGGUAAGGAAAUCAUCAUCAUUCGGGAAGAUCAGGUCGAGCAGUUGAAAGCGAAACUGCGCCAGAUCGAGGACUCGCUGCAUGAGCGUGAGCUGAAGAUAAUGUCCACCGAUUUGCGCCGAGAGUACGAACGACAAAUGAGCAAUAUCCGCAAUCUGCGCGAACUGUACGAGGAACGAGAACGAGUCUCACGGAUGGAACGAGACAAUCUACUGCGACAGCUCGAGCUGCGCAAAAACGAUCUCGAAGCGGAACAGGAGAAAAACAAGAAUCUUGAAUCGCACGUCGCCAGCAUGCAGACGGAGCUGGAUACCACGAUGAGCGAGCUGAAUCAAACGAAGGAAAAGCUAACCCAAUCGGUUGCCGAGACGAAACAGCUGCAGGCCGAAAUGACCGUCGUAAAUCAGUUUAUUUCAAAGUUCCUGCUCGGCAUGAACCGCCAGCAGACGACCAGCGGUGUGAAGUUGGACAAGCUGACCGAAGUGUUGGAGGAGAAUCGCGGGUUGCUAAUCGAAAUGACCAAGCAGGAAGCGGAAACCAUCGAUCUGGGGGCAUUUUUGCCGCGUGCCCUGUACGAUCUGGUUGCCGAGGUGGACGAGGAGCAGAAUGGACCGACUAGUGUGGGAUCCGAGGGGGAUGAAAGGGCGGAAACGGGAGCGGUUGGAGGCUGGUUCACCGACGGACAGAAAGCUUCACCGGAGCAAAUUGCUGACAAAUUGCCAAAAGUGUGGCGAGUGUUGAUUGAGCUGGUGAAUCAUCAGGAACGCGCUGAACAGGUUCCCUUCGUGGAAAACGGUGAAAGCGAAGAUUGUCUGAAGUCGGAGCAAACCGCGCAUGGACCGAGGACGGUUGUUAGUGUGAGCAAAACGUAUCUCAAGUUAAAGGACCUCAUCAUGGAAAAGAAAUCCCUGAAAAAGGAAACCAACCGGCUGAAGACACUCAACACCCAUCUGGAGCGUCGACUGGAAACGCAGGAGAAACGCCUCAGCGCCGUAAGUUUGGAGUUAACCAAAACAUGGCACAUGGUUGGCAAAAUGCAACGCCAACAUCGGCAACUGCACACACAAGAGCAAAUUCUGCGCUAUCAUCUGCAGCAAAAGCGACGUCUGCUGAGCGAACUGAAGGAAGAGUUAGAAUACUGCCGUCUGAAGUGGUCCGCAGCUCGACAAAAGAAUAUCGAGUCCGAAGAUCAGUGGAGAAUUUUGAAGGCGGAUUUCGCGGCCCGCAAGAAGCAGGAUUCGUUGAAUAACUCCGGUGAAAGUGGAUACAGCGACGAGCAGCCAACGGAUGAUGAGGAUGAGGAUUACUCUAUUGGGGAGGAGAUGACGAAACGAUCAAAGGAGUUUAGAAGCCACGUUGAUCGAUGUAGGAGCACGUCGUUAACGAACGUUAUUCAGGUGGCACUAGGGAUGAGAAAAUGCCGCAGUGAAACCGAUAUGAAGUCACUGAUCAACGUUGAGAGAGCCAAUCAGUUUUGCAACGAAAAAAUAGAAGAUCUGCCCUUGCUUCCAGAGGAAGAAAUUAAGUGUUCAGUUAAAAAGAAACCCAAGUCUAAGCUGAAGAAAAAGAAUGAAAAGAAAACCGGCCCCGAAACAGCUGAAGAGAUGUUUCUAAGACUUGCUGGUUUGGUGCCGGAGAACAAUGAAGAGAUAGAUGAUGAAUCAGAAGAUGACAUCAGUGAGGAUUCUGAAUGCUCAGAAAUCGAAAAGAUCGAACAAAGAGAUUCGAUUGCUACCGAAGAGGUUGCCAAAGAACCGGAGCUAAGUAGUGAAGAGAUGUUCAACAUGAAACGGGAAGCUAGGUUGAAACGGAUGGCUGAGCUGAACUCAAGAUUGGAUAGUUAUUCUACACCGGGAUGUUUGAAAGAAACGGAAACCGCUGGGGACAGAACAGAUUCGGUUGAGCCUGGUCCAUCUACGGCAUUAUCCGCAACCGAAGAAGAGUAUCUUCAAAGGAGAGCCGCUCGGUUGGAACGAUUGGAACGAGAAGCCAAAGAAUUUCACGACAAACUUUCUCGAACCGUUAACCGCGGAAGUGAAAUUUCUGCCCAAAUCGAUGAAAUCCACAGCGGGUUCAUAGCUAGACAGUCCGAAUCGCCAUUGCCAGGAGGUUCAUCCGACACCAGGUCGGUCACUCCGAAAACAACAGUAGGAACGCUCGCAGAUUUAGAAGUUCUAACCAACCGAGAAAAAGAAUACACUCAAACCAGGUCCGACAGACUCCAGCAGUUGGAGGAUCAAAGCCAAUCUCUCAUCAAUCAAAUGAAUCGAACCUUGAAGAAAGGAUCCAGACUGACAACUCAGCUGGAUUUGCUUCACUCUCGUUACGGUUCUAGUGAUGAUGCUCAGUCGAAAGAUUCAAAAGCCAAAGAAGCAAUUGAAAAUCGAGGGGAAUGUUCCGCUCAGCCUGUCGAGCACAGGAUAGUUCCACUGACAGCUUCGAAUGAGACCGUCAUGUUGGAAAAUACGACCAUUAUACCCUCAGACGGACCGAUCGAAUUGAUUCUCGUGUCCGAUGAGGAAAUUCUCGAAGAGGUUGAAGACCUUCUUCCAACUCCUAGCAAUGCUACCUCAAGUCACGAAGCUGGCGAUGAUACGAAUGAUGAACCAUCGCAUUCUAGUGGAUGAAGCUGAGUAACAAGAUGUGAAUGAACAAAAGACAUGCCCACCACAAUGUCCUCAGAACUCAUGUGUAUGUAAUCAUAACACGUACUAAUAUCGAAACUGUUUCUGUGUUAAUAUAUUUUCCUUUGAAUAUUGAAACAAAUAUAUAUACUUUCACCGUGA